GUUAAAAAAAAAUGGUAACUAUACCGAAAAUAACGACCACGUUGACGAUUGAACGUUUAUUUUGAAAGUAUGAGGUUUAUUUUGAAGUUACCGGCUUUUAAGAUUGAUGCAGGUUAGUGAUUAUUACACGCGCGACCAUCGAAGAAACAAGUGUAACUGGGAACUUUAAAAGUACGACAAAAACCUAAGUCAGAAUGGAGGUGUCAAGGAGACAAAUCCAGAAGCACCUGGAACCUGCAAGACCCCUGCGCCGGCUCCUCCACGUUGACGUUGAUCCCACACUAAAUGCUGCUUCGUGUGCACAGGCUUUAAAUGACAUUGGGGAUCAAACGACAAAUAUUGAAAUAGAGGAAAUCUGCAAGAUUGCCAUCCUCAAGGAGAAAAAAGAGAGAGUAUCUUACACAAGAGAUUUUUUAAUCGGUCUCGCAAAUAGUCCCGCGGCCAUGAAGAAGCCCGAGUGCUUACCGGAUCACCCUGUCGUCUUACCCAGUGUGCAGAAGAAUCCAAGAUAUCUGCGGGGGAAUCAAAACGAUGGAAAAGAAGAGUCAGUGUCCGAGAGGCGGCGGAGCCUCCCCCAGCUGACGUCGGGCGAAAGGCGGACUACGCCCUGAACUGGUCGCCAAAGAAGACUGACAACCGUUCACGCUGUCGCCGAGCGGAAACGGAACCAAAACUGGCUGCACCAAAACUCAGAACAAGAAUGUACGACACCAUUAGUGACCUUUGACCCUUCUCCAAAACAUAUUAUUUAACUUAUUUAU